AUGAUCGCGCUGGUCAAGGCCGGCCCGGUCACGACCAAGUCGAAGGCAGCCGCCGUGGCCCUCCCUGCCGGAGAUCCGCCGAAAGCUACGGCUAUUAUUGUGUCGGGAAGCCUGCGCUGUCGCCGGCGCCUGGCAAAGGCAGCGCCGAAGACGCCGCCUGUGAUUGACGGUGACAGCGACCGCAAGAUCGCGAAUGACUUGGCCGGCCAUGACGAGAUCGGUCAGCUGAGCACACCGGUCUUCACUGACUGUCAUGCCCCGGCGCUGGGAGUGGUGAGGGCGGAGCCGAUUUCAGAUGAAGCAGUAAGCUUCCCGGAGGUGCCCCUCGGGCCGCGGCAGCCGGCGGGCUGGCUUUCAGCGCACGGCCCAGCCUGCGAGCCAGGCUUGCUCCAAGUGCCCCAGGCGCAUGUGAAGUCCUUUGAAUUUGGAGCGGAGUCGAGCGGCCUGGCACAGCACCAGCAGCUCCCUGGCAAGUCACCUGUGCACACGCCCAACUUUGAGCGGCAGUGUCCGAAGCGGGUUCGAUACAAGUCGCUGACGGCGAACUUGGUGCAAGCUCCAAGCUCCAAUCGCCUCAUGGAUCGUUUGAGCACGGAGGUCCACAGCUUCGCCAGCUACUUUGCGUCGCACCUGGCCUUCCUUGUGUGGCUGGCAUGGGUCUUCCUCCCAGAGGAGAGGCUGCGCGGCUGGGGAAUAUUCUACUACCCGGACAAGUGGUGGGCAUUAGCUUUGCCCGUCUAUGUCGUUCCACUGGCCAUCUUCGUGUUCUGCAGCUACAAUGCCUUCAACAUGAUGACAGCGUGUCCCUUGGACUCCGCGCGCAUGUUUCGAGACCCCUCGGCUUCCGCGCGGCAACAGCUGUUUUCUGAGAAGGGGGGCGUACCAGACCUACAGGACCUGCAGGCCGAUGACAUGGCGUCAGAGGCUUCAGUGGCUAAAGGCCUUGCAGCAAGCUGGUCACGCGCACGACGGGCAAACAACGCCAAAGCCUGCGCACCGAUGGCUGAGCUGAGUUUGUGCUACUCCCUGAGCCUUGAGCUGGUGGAGUCCUUUGCCUUGGAGCAGGCACGGUCAGCCCUAAGAGAGGGUGAACGCAAGGCAAGUGGCAAGGUGACCUGCUUGUGUUGCUUGCCAACGGCCGGGAGCUUCGUUCUGGCUGGCAGUGAGUGUGGCUGCGAGCUGUGGCAACUGACAAAGAGCCGGGAAAGACGGAUCAACACCUCCAAGCUGCGGGGCUUGGAGUACCACUUGCAGUUAAACCUGGUGAAGCAGAUCACCACCGAGCCAGUGCACCGGAUUGUCAGUGCGGAGCAGAGGGUCAUCGUGGCUGGUAACAAGACUGUGACGGUGCUGGACAACGAGUUGAACGUGGUUGCGGCUUGCAACAUGCCCUUCGUUUGCAGCGCGCAUCUGCACAUGCUGUCCUCCAGCCAAGCAGGGAUGAUCACAGGCGCUGCCAGCGGAGCGGUGCACUUGUGGAGCAUCCAGGCCUUCGACCUACCUGGCUCUGAUCCAAAGGCCGAUGGCCUGUGCACAAGGCUGGAGCAUACUUUUCAUGGCCACACAAGGCCUGUCGAGAUGGUCACUUUCUACCACCGACCAGAGAAGGGUGUCUCGCAGCGCUUUGCGGUCUCCUGUGCCCUUGACUUGCGUGUGCAGGUGUGGAGCCUGGACAACUUCGUUUGCAUCUACACCUUGGACAUUGGGUUGGCAGACUCCAAGGCGCACGUCUUCCCCAUUUCUCAGCACCUUUUUGCCGUGAGCUUCACGGUGGGCGGCAGCAACGGAGAUGGGCAGAAGGGUGCGAGUGUGGCGCUGAUCCGGUUUAACGCCCAUUUUGCAUCGCCCUUUGCCACCACCUCUGGCAGCGCCGUGGUUCAGAUCACCCAGCCGCCUUGGCAUUCGAGGCCCAAAGAGCAGCCUCCUGCGCAGGAGAAGCCCCUGCUUGCCGAUUCAGCAGUGCUUGUCUCUGAGGACAUGGCAAUCCGGAUCUUUUCCGCCAAGUCGAAGGCGUUACUCUCCACGUUGCCGCCGCCUCCCAACAGCAAGGUACAGGUUCUGGAGGUGUUCAUCUGCCCCGUUUGGCAGCUCCUCCUCCUUUGGCUCAGUUCCGAGGAGGUGGCGAUUUUCUACGUGCCAGCUGCUCCUUUGGAGAAGAGGAAGUCCAAGACAGAGGAGAAGGUGUCACGCAGCAAGGCAGCCACUCCACUGCUUCUGCGGCGGUUUGGCAUUGUGGAGGUGAGAACCCAGAUGCUGGACAAGGACAUUUCUCGCGAGAGUUUCUGCAGCGUGUCCAUCUACUACGGGCCGCUACCAAGAGGCGACACACUUCUUCACACGGUCCAGGUUGCGCAGCAAGUGCUGGCUGACAGCACGCCUGCGUCCCCACGAAGGCACAUGCCAAGGCAAACUCUGCCACAGGGGUGCGAGUGGUACCUACUGGUGGGCACACGCUUGGGCACCUUGCAGGCUUUCAAAAUCGCAGAGCUCCUAUCAGACUUGCCAGUCUGGCAGAGGAUCAUAGGUCACUUGCCCAAAGAAGUGGCUGCGUCAUUUUCGCGCACAAGGCGCCCGAAGAGCCGAGGCAAGCAAAAGGUGCCAGAAGCUGACGCACGUCUCUUGGAGAUUGAGCAGGAGCACGCUGCGGCCAUGGAGUUGUCAAGGGCUCCGGGCCAACGUCCCUUUCCCAGCAACUCCCACGUGCAGUUGUUCAGCCGUUGGAGGCGCCAUGACUACGCCGUGGAGGUGGUGAAGUGCGUGGCGCAGAGGAUUUUGACCAUAGACAAGAAGCGGAACCUCAAAGUCUGUCAGGCUGUGGACAGCGAAUGCAUAUUCUGCUCCCAACUGCCGGACUUCUGCUGCCUCACGCCCUUCCUGACCCAGGUCGACGAUGGUGAGGAGCCUUUGCAGGGCCUCACGCUUGGCACUUGCCGUGGCUCACUGGAGCUGGUGCUGCUGCCAGCUCAAGGCCUGGAAGCUGAGGUAAUCUCCUCCCAGAGCUCGCACGGCGGGCCUGUGCUGCAGGUGGACUUCCUCCUUCCGCCAGAGAUUUUCGUAUCCGUGGGCCAGGAUGACGCAGUUCGCUUCUGGUCCUCGAGCCUACACGUCUUGAGGGAGGUCUUUUUUCCCCAAGCGUGCACCGCGGUGGCCUUCCUGCACCUGCCGGAUAUGGACACCGCAGCCGGGCACGGGGACGUUCUGGUGGGCUUUGCUGCUCAUGUGGAGCAGGUGCCGUUGGAGGUCUGGGCGCGUGGCGUGAAGCAUGAAAGCUUGGGAGGAAACCUCUCUUGCAGCUCCUUUCGCAGCUCGAAAGGCCAAGGAACUUCCAAAGGUAUGGAGAAGAGCGCGCAGGAGGACUCGGCCAUACUUGAUGAGCUUGGCGGGCCACUGGAGGCUCAGCUCUCCGUGGAUCUCAGCUGGGACUGCAAUGAGGAGCCGCAGCCUAAUGAGCGUGAAGCUGUGGCAGAGGACAAACCCAGGACGAUUGCGGACUUCCGGGGCCCUCCGGUGAUCCCACUGGGGGCUUUGAGCAAGGUUGCCGACAUGAGCGGCUUGCAGGAGCGGUUCAACCAGCGCCCGCUGGAGCUGCCGCACGAACACAGCCAGGUGUUGGACCAAGGAGACUUCAAGUCCAUCACUCGAUAUUGCCCAGGCUACUAUGACUGGACGGUGCUUCCAAACACCAAGCUGGAUGCUCCUCGGGGUCACGCCAUCCGCGGCAUCACCCAGGAGAACGUGGCUGUGGUCACCUCGGUGGGCGUGGGACAUCUCAGAAACAUGCCGGAAGGCACGACGCAGCCUGCGGAGGCAGAGGCCCUGACUGAAGGCAUCAUGGAGGAAGACGACGGAAUGAGUCGCAAGCGGCGUGGAGGCCCCAGCCCGAUCACAAGCCAAGCUGUGAGGGGCUUUCGGCCAUGUUCUCCUGCCUCAUCCAGGGCAUUAUCCAGGCCAACCAGCCCAGACGCACGGUUGCAGUGCGAAGGCGAGAGCGAGCCUGCGACCGAGGAUGCGGAGGCAGAAGAAAUGUGGAGGAACCUCCAUAUUGCCCGCGGUGUGCCCCAGCGGGCGGUCGCGCCUCUGGCGCAGAACGUCGGAAACUCCGACGCAGACGUAGCCCGCAUGCUCAAAGAGCGCGGAAAACUUGUGGAUGCGCCGGAAGACUGCGCUGAGACCAACUUCCUCAGUCGCAUCACAUCCCGAAAGACGGACUUCGUGUACUGCGGCGUGGAUAAUCUCAACUCCGCUCGGCGAACUGCGCGGAGGGUCAUGCGCGAGACGGAGGAUGAUACGGAGGGCCUGAAGAUGUGGACCGCCACCGGCCGCCUGCGCACGGGCGUGCGCCAGCCCCCGCAGCGCGCGCUGCCCCGCUGCUAUGUGCCACCGCCCCCAGAGCACCUUUGGCGGCGGGCGCCCAUGACGCGAUCGGAGGUCACGGAGGUGAGGAUCAUCGAAGCAGCGCAGCAUCCACCUGCGCAGGCGGAGGACCUGGUUCUCGAGUCCAAUCCCGCCUGCAAGGUCAAGCUGCCAGCGGUAGAACAUCUCUCCAGGGCUGGCAGCGCCUUUACCACGGACACUGAAUCUUCAGGCGCGCGCUUCUCCAAAGUGGGCUUUGCGGUGUCCAGUUCAGCACGCUGA